UCACUUUGCUACAAUUACUAGGUUUUGCACCCAUAAACAAAUAUAUAAUGCAACUUACUCUAAUUUAGAUUUUGCGUAAUAAAUUUUUGAUGUCAAUAGACUGGCCUCGCGUGCCCAUCCAAGCAAAUAACUUAUUACACAACAUGUCCGGAACUGUGGGCCGCAGAUGUUUCUGAUUAGUCGCAAGGGCGGCACUCUGUUGGCCAUCAAUAACUUCCUCUAUCGCUCCAAUCUCAAGUUCUUUGGCAAGAGCAAUAACAUUCUGUACUGGGAAUGCGUCCAAAAUCGUUCAGUGAAAUGCCGCAGCCGCUUGAAGACCGUCGGCGAUGAUCUCUAUGUAACAAACGAUGUGCACAAUCACAUGGGGGACAAUGUGCGCAUCGAGGCGGCCAAGGUGUCUGGCAUGCUGAUACACAGAAAACUGAGUUCCCUCACAUCUGCUGACCGCAUACAGGGCUCGUGGAAGCUUGAAGACGAUCCUACCGCCACACCCGACCAGUAACCAUGUCCAUGUCCGUUUUUAGACACAUUCCCUGAUUGUCAAACUAGAAUUUAAGUUAAUGUUUCCGCAAAAGCCGAGCCUAUUUAGGAUCGAUAAGUAAGUACCUUUAUGUAUCUGGGAUCGAACUGUCAGCGUUUUGUGAUGAGUUUCACAGUCCCUCCCCUAUCCAUACAGUCACGGGCGAUGUGUGCAUAUUAAUUCCAGUCUAAAAUAUGAUCUCUGGAAAAUAAAGAAACCCCCCCGGUUUCAAACGAGAGUGGGGCUAGCAAUAUGGAA